UAGAGAGUGUUCUAGCCGGCGUCACGGGGGAGGCCACCGACCUCCCAACCAAAGAAAGAAGGAAACCUCGUCUCGGGGGCGACUCCGUCAUUCGCCAGCCCAUCUCCGCCCCCAGCUUUGAAGGCGGAGGACCCGGGCGACGUGCUGCUACUACUACUAGAGGUCAGAAAAGGCGGCUAGGAAGGCCCGCCAAAAGGCAAUCUUCCCCCUUCCGGAGAAGUCGAGCGAGCCUUCACAGUCCCCUGCCCGCAGCGAGGCAACCCACCGGCGGGCGACAUUCCAGGGGAUUCCCCGGCUCGGCCGGCCCCCAACCUCUUAUUCUCCUUUCCUACUCACCGCGCUGAGCUUCUGCUUCGCCCAGAGAGGCAGCCGGUUAAAACUGAUGAGGGUAAAAGAUCCAUCAAAGGUUACCCAUGAUAAAAAUAAGAGACAAAAAAAGGCAAAUCAGCAUCAGGAUGAAGAUUCCUCAGAUGACAUUACAGGAUUAACAUGCCAACAUGUGGGCCAGGCAGUUGAUGUCCAUCAUGUGAAGCGAGCAGUGGCUCAAAAUGUUUGGUCAAUAUGCUCAGAGUGCUUAAAGGAAAGGAGAAUAUAUAACGGUGAACCAGUAAUGCCUUCUGAUACAUGGCUUUGUCUCCGAUGUGGCAUUCAGGGCUGUGGUCAAAAUUCAGAAGGUCAGCAUUCUGUAAAGCAUUUCCAGACUGCACGGGCAGAUUCUCAUUGUAUUGUAAUCAAUCUUAGUACAUGGAUCAUAUGGUGUUAUGAAUGUAAGGAGGAACUCUCAACACAUUGUAACAAAAAGGCUUUGACACAGAUCGUUGACUUCCUCCAAAGGCAUGUUACUAGAAAUGAAUCAAAUGGCAACUGGCAGAACCAGGUAAACCAUGAAAGACGACUUGCCAACAAAUCUGAUGAAGAAGAAAUAAGCCCUUUUAUUCUGCCCGGAAAAAUCAGAAACUCUAAAAUGGAAGAUAUUGCCAAUACUUCAUGCACAAGAGAGAGCGGUGCCGUUUUGGACUCCCCAGGAAAUGGAAGUCAGACUGAAGGCAGUGAGAAAGAAGUCAGCCAUUCUGAAAGUAGCAUUGAUGCUGAUAGCGAGGCCUCUGAAAGCGAAAGCGCGGCUAAGCAAAUUACGGCCAAUAAAACUUGUCCCUCACCUGAUUUAUGCACAGACGGACACAGACACUUACCUACAAAUACUAAAACGCAAUAUAGCAAACCCAGCAAUAGCAGUACGGAGGCACUUUCUAGUACCUUGUCAAAAUUUCACUUUGGAAGCACAGCCAUUGAGAGUGAAGGGCCUCUCAACACUCUUUCGAGCCUGUCGAAGAACAGUGCCUUUUCCACAGAGGUGCAAAACCCUCAAAAUGCUUUCCAGACACUUUCUCAGAGUUACGUAACAAGUUCUAAGGAAUGUUCGGUUCAGUCAUGCCUCUAUCAGUUUACCUCCGUGGAGCUGCUAAUGGGGAACAAUAAGCUGCUGUGUGAAAACUGUACAGAUCAGAAGCACAAACACCAGAAAAAAGCAAAUUCCACAGAUAAGAAGACAGAAAGUGUCUAUACAAAUGCUAGGAAGCAGCUGCUGAUUUCUUUGGUUCCUGCUGUUCUGAUCCUCCAUCUGAAAAGAUUUCAUCAGGCUGGCAUGAGCCUACGAAAAGUAAAUCGACAUGUAGAUUUCCCACUUGUUUUGGACUUGGCUCCAUUUUGUUCUGCCUUUUGCAAGAAUGUCACUGAUGGUGGGAAGGUCCUCUAUGCGCUUUAUGGAAUAGUAGAGCAUAAUGGCUCCAUGCGGGGAGGUCAUUAUGCAGCUUAUGUAAAAAUCCGAUCAUCGUCCAAAAAACAUUUGGAGCACAAUUCUAGCAAUAAAAACGUUCAAGGUUUAAAAGAAUCUCCGGGAUCAGCAGUAGGACAGUGGGUUUAUGUCAGUGAUACCUAUGUACAAGCAGUCCCAGAAUCAAGAGUAUUAAAUUCACAAGCCUAUUUGCUUUUCUAUGAAAGAAUCCUGUAGCCAUGUUCAGUAUGGAAAACUGGGAAGCAAUUGAUGUUAUUUAACUUGCUUAAGUGCACAGAAAAUUACAGUACAUGUAAAUAUUGUGCCUUUAUCUGUUCUUCUUCAAUAGAAAAUAUACCCUGGUUUCAGACUCUGUAAAUCAUGCCUUGGAUACAGAAUAGCCUAUGCAUGCAUUGUCCCCGCCCCCCUUUUUUAUCAUGCAUUCAAAAUACAGUAGAGUGGCUAACAUUUUAAUUCAGUUGCUGUUUUAAAAGAACCCAUAGCUUCAUAUGCUUUUAUGAAGAGUUGAGGGCACAGACUGCAUUAAAAUGGAAAUUAUUUUUUUAAAAAAAUUCAUAUGUGAUUGUAAGACGUGGGUGUAUGUGUGUGUUUCUGAAUCCAAGCAGGCACUGAUUUUGAACUUCUAAGCUGUAAUGUGAAAUAAUACAUUGUGAAAUGAAAUAGUCAUUUUUUUCAAAAUGGGCUAGUUAAAAUCAUGUGCUUUUUCAAAAGUUAAUUGAUAAGACUUGAUAAGACUGACAACCUGAUUUUUCCUCAGUCAAGAAAAAGCUGUUUAGGGACAUCAUGUUUUUGUAAAAUAUUUGGCACUGAAUUAUUCUUGAAAGGAAUAAUUUGUAUAAAUUUAACAUGUUCCACAAAUGGAAUCAAAAUGGUUCAUUCUACAAAACUAGGAUACUAUAUUGUGUGUCCUAAGGGAAUGUGGGAGUGCAGGCCUGAUUUUAUUCCAGGAUGCUUUUCUUUAUUUGAAUAUGCCUUGAAAUCUGAUAAUGUUAUAGGUGAAAUUAUCAGAAAGAAGCAAGUUAAACAGACAUUUGUCCUGUGAUGUGCUGGCAUUCAAAUUUAGUGAACCCCAAACCACCUCUGAAUCCAUCUAACUUGCACUGUGAAGCUGGAGCAAGCCAUACCUUUUCAGAGCAAUUGGAUAUUCUCCAUAUAAAUCUAUUGACAAACUAUGCAUGUGUUCGAGAGAAGAGAUUACCGUAUUUUUUGGAAGAGUGUAAGGCAUACCCCCCCCCAAAAGUGAAUAAAAAUUUAGGUGCAUCUUA